ACCAUCAAUCUGACUAUGACCACCCAAAAAACCAUUCCAACUCUAUUCAAUUCAUUUCAUUUUCAUUUUUUGACAAUAAAAACAAAACAAAACAGGAAAGAUCCAAUAUGUGGGUAUAAAUACAGCGAAGCAAGGAUCCAAGAGUCCUAUUUCAGUAGGGCUUGGUCUUUGACGCACACUCCUAUACAAUUAAAGGGCAGAGAGGCAGCCUUUGCCUCUUAAACCUCUGCCCCUUUUCACAAGUUCCUCUUUUUCUCUGUGCUUUUCCAUCCACAUCCAUUAUUAGAGUGAAGUUUUUGUCUGUGUGGGCGUGAUGGGAGAGAGAAUCCCACCAGGGAGUUACUUCCAGUAUCCUCCCUCUGGAGCCCAUCAAGCUUCUCCUCAUAGGUCAAGUUCUAUUCCUUCAGAUCGUGAAAGAUACUUGGCUGAACUGUUGGCAGAGAGGCAAAAGUUGGGACCUUUUCUACAAGUUCUACCGCAUUGUAGCAGGCUUCUUAAUCAAGAAAUCAGACGAGUAUCAGGUUUUAGUCAAGGUUUUGUAGAUCAUGAAAGACAUGAGCAUGAGAGUCCAUAUAGGUCAUUAGGUCAACAACCAAAUGGCAGACCGAUGGAUUUGGAAGCAUGGCCUGGCAUGCAAACAGAGGAAAAUGGGCAUCUUCAAAGAAUGGCCUCACUUCAGGCUGCUUCAAUGGGCUGGCCUGGGGUCCCUGGAGUCCCAACUACUCCUGUUGUAAAGAGAGUAGUUAGACUUGAUGUGCCUGUUGACAAAUACCCCAAUUAUAAUUUUGUUGGCCGAAUAUUGGGACCACGUGGAAACUCCUUGAAAAGAGUUGAAGCCAUGACAGAAUGCAGGGUAUAUAUAAGAGGCAAGGGAUCUGUUAAGGAUGCUGUAAAGGUGUUGCCUCAAAUAGAUCUUCCCCAACUUUAUCUAAUGGAAGAGAAACUAAAAGAUAAGCCUGGUUAUGAACACCUUAAUGAGCCACUGCAUGUGUUGGUGGAGGCCGAAUUUCCAGAGGAUAUAAUAAAUGCUCGCUUGGAUCAUGCAGUAACAAUACUAGAAAGCCUCUUGAAGCCUGUGGAUGAAUCAUUGGAUCACUAUAAAAAGCAACAAUUAAGAGAAUUGGCCAUGCUAAAUGGUACAUUAAGGGAGGAAAGCCCGAGUAUGAGUCCGAGCAUGAGCCCUAGCAUGUCACCAUUCAAUACCACAGGAAUGAAGCGCGCAAAGACAGGUAGAUAAGAUUAUAUUAUGCCGAUGGAUGAUUGGUUAAAUGCUGGAGGAUUGCAGCUGAUUGAUAGAAGUCCCUGAACUUCUUACUGCCAUUCUAUAUCUCACAAACCUUGGGAGGACCCCUGGGAGCUGGAAAGGCUAAUUGGAAUUCUGAAAUUGUCGGGGCUUAGUUGCUUGUGGUCUCGGUUGGGUUAUUUGCUUCACUAGAUUUACUCUGCAUGGUUUUACAAUUAUCUGCAAUAUUUAUUCUUUUGUGCACUAUUCCUUUGAACAUGAAAUUAGUUAGUUAUUUCAUUGGUUAAAUAACUCAACUCAUGUUAUGUAAUUUAUUAAUCUUUUCCCUGCUUGUGUCUUGUAACACCUAUAAAUUGCAUUGGAAUAUUUGCUUUGAUAAAAAUAUCAGGAGAUAAAUGCAUUUUAAGCUUUGGAUA